GUAUUCUAAGCAUAGGUAUCAGUCUGAUUUUUGAAUAGUAUCCUCUGUACUCUAUUAAUCCACAUACUAUUUUUUAAUUCAGCCAUAUAAACCCUACGUCCCCAAAGCCGCUGUUUAUUUGCCUAUCCCUUUUCCUCUUAAACGUGGCUAAAUACGAUUUAUCAUGUCCGACCAAGACGGUCAAAAGUCCGAGCAUGGAGGAUCCCUAACAGGUAGGCCUUCUAGCGACAGCAAAGGAGACAUUGAACAGGCUAGAAGUCUGGCGGAAAAGCCACCUUAUGACCCGAAUAUUGUCGAUUGGGAUGGUCCCAAUGAUCCAGUAAAUCCUCUUAAUUGGCCAACAUGGAAGAAGGGCCUCCAUGUUGCGUAUGUCAGUCUAUUCGUCCUCUUCGCGAACUUAGCUUCGACUAUGUUCGCUCCCGGCGCAGCAGAACUGGCCCAAGAAUUCCACAUCACCAGCUCCGUGCUUGCCACUUUCACGGUCAGCAUCUACGUCCUAGGCUUCAUGAUAGGGCCUCUAUUCCUCGCGCCGCUCUCCGAGCUGUACGGCCGCCUCAUCAUCUACCAUGUCUGUAACUUAAUAUACCUCGCCUUUACGCUUGGAUGCGCCCUUAGCAAGAAUACCGCAAUGUUCCUCGUUUUCCGAUUUUUCGCCGGUUGCGCAUCCUCGGGGCCUAUGACAAUAGGAGGCGGCACUAUAGCCGAUGUGACGCGGCAGGAGAAUCGGGGCAAGGCCAUGGCAAUGUUCGUCAUUGGGCCACUUCUAGGACCUUCAAUUGGGCCCAUCAUCGGUGGAUUUGUAGCUCAAGAUAUCGGUUGGCGUUGGACAUUUUGGAUUAUUCUUAUUGCGUCCGGUGCCCUCGGCCUAGCUUCUCUUACGUUCUUGAGAGAGACCAACGCCACAGUUCUACUUCAGCGAAAGACCGAGCGUCUCCGGAGGGAAACGGGAAAUACGGAGCUUACUUCCAAAUUGGAUUUGAAGCUAUCCCCUCGCGAACUUCUUACACGAUCCAUUGUACGUCCAGUGAAGAUGGCUAUCUUCUCACCUGUUACCCUGCUGUUAUCCCUUUACGGUGGCGUGCUGUUUGGGUUCGUGUUUCUCCUCUUUACUACGUUCCCGGCUAUAUUCAAAGAUCAAUACGGAUUCAGCCCUAGCACUGCUGGUUUGGCGUAUCUAGGCCUUGGGAUAGGGAUGCUAUGCGGUCUAUUCCUAUUCACAAUCAUGAGUGAUAAGCUGCUCGGUCAGAAAGGGGGCAAUACACCCGCUAAACCGGAGCAACGACUCAUUCUGAUGAAAUGGUUUGCGCCUAUUACACCCAUCGGAUGCUUCAUAUAUGGGUGGACCGCGUACUAUAAAACUCAUUGGAUAUUUCCUGAGAUCGGGACCUUCAUCAUCGGAGUCGGGAGCCUCUUUGUUAUCCUACCCUCCCAAACCUAUCUAGUUGAUGCUUUUGGGCCUCAAGCCGCAGCUUCAGCAAUGGCUGCUAACGUCGUCAUUCGUGCCCCCUUCGGAGCCUUCCUUACUUUUAUUGCUCCGCCGCUUUACGCAAAACUAGGGCUAGGAUGGGGCAAUAGUGUCUUGGGCUUUAUUUGUCUAGCCUUUACUCCAGUGCCAUGGCUAUUCUACCAUUACGGAGAAUACCUAAGAACACGCUUCGCGGUCAAAUUAUAAUACUUUCUAAAGCUCAGAUUCACGGAAUUUUGCUUGCGAAAAAAGCAUCGAAUCAUCAUUUGAUAGCAAGCGUUCGUUAUGCAUCGCACCAUCUAUUUCGUGCUAACUCUCACCCUUAACACUCCAUUUUCUCUAAAACUUUAGAGUUUACUUAGAACAGAGAUUUAGAAUUAUCGAUGUCCUAUUACAUAGAACUAGGUAAUUAUUUAAUUAUAUUAUAGAAAUAAAAGAUAAAGC